AUGUCAUCCACAUCACACGCAGAUUUGGAAGACAUCAAAACAUUUUGCAAACGUGCCAAUGUUAAGUUUCUCUCUUCUCAGUGUAUUAUAAAAAAAUCUGAAAUCGGUGGUCUUGGUGUGUUUGCUGAAGAGAACAUCAAGGAAGGCACAGUACUGCUGCGAGUACCAAAAUCAUCCGUUUUCUCGGCGUCUAACAGCUCGAUUGCGAACCUUUUGUUAGAAAAUGAAAUUGACGGCAUGCUUGCAUUGAACCUGGCAUUUAUCUACGAAACGACGAUAUUUAGAUCCAAGAGUCAUUGGUAUCAUUAUUUAAAGAGCAUCCAAAUUGAAAAUGAUAAAGAUGAAUUGUAUCUGCCGCCUAGCUAUUGGCCGGACUCAAGUAAAUCUCCUCUUAGUGGCACUGCUUUGGAUACACUAUUCGAUGCCUUGAGACCAGAAGACGAGAUUCGGGAAAGUUAUGAUAUGGCUAACGAGCUUGCUCAUAAGUGGAAAAAUGAAUUUGGUCUUCAAAUUCCAAAUCUCGUGUUUCCUAACGAUGAAGAGGUUUUCGACGAAGAGAAAUUUUUGAGGUUUGUUGCAACAGCGUAUGCAAUCUCCUCUCGAGUUUUUGAAAUAGACAACUAUCAUGAGAGCGGCCUUGUGGUUAUUGCAGAUCUUUUCAAUCACCAUGUGGACUCGCCUGACGUAAGAUUUGAAAGUAUAUUUGAUGUUUGUGAAAGCUGCGGUGAAAUCGGGCCAUGCGGGCAUGUCAUCCCCGAUGAUGAUCCUGAUGUUAACGAGAGGUUAGAUGAUGAGUUGAAAACACCGAGCCAAUCUACAGAAAUUUCUCAGGCAUUGAUAGAGGAACUGGAGCGCGAAACAGCAUUGGAGCUAGAAAACUCAAGUGGUGAAAAAAAAGAUGAUCUGGUACCUGAUGAAUGUGUCGACAUUACGCUAAUGAAGCCUGUGAAUGCGGGCUCUGAGAUUUUUAAUUCGUAUGGUGAUUUGUCCAAUGCCCUAUUGCUGGCGCGGUAUGGUUUCUGUAUUGCCUCGAAUGUCCAUGACGUCGUGCAUUUGGCUCCUGAUUUACUUAGGUUUUGGAAGAAAAAUAAGCGUAAAUUCGACGAAAGGUUUCGUUUUUGGGCUGACAUGGGUUAUGAGUUAUUCACUGACUGGUUUGAUGCGAAAAGGGCAGAAGAGACUGAAAGUGAUGAAGAAGAGGGAUACAAUAGCAGAGAAAGCGCCUUAGAAUUAUCCGAAACACUUUCUGAUAGUGAGGAGGCAAACAAUUCAGGAGGUGAAAAUUCAUGGCAUAGUAACAUGUUCCUAAUCUCUAAUGGGGACACGACACCGUCCUUACGUGCGCUGAUUAAUCUUCUGACCUUGAACACGGUUGAGUGGAAAAAGCUCACGAAAUCUGCAGCUCAAGAAGAGAAAAUAAAUAGAUUUCUUCCUAUUCUCGAGAGGAAAUUCAACAACGAAGCCAAGAAGCUAAUGAUCACGCUUCUUGCACCGAAGCAAGCGCUCUAUGUGUCAAAUCUUACGAAGGUCUCUAAUCCUGACGUUCGUACGUUGUUGGAAAGCGAAGCGACAAUCAUUGAGAAUUGUCUGAAAGCAUUGGCAUGA